AUGGGUUACCUCGACCAUCGCAGAAAGCAGCUUGAUCAGAGUGCCGACCAGAAAUGGGAUUACAUUAAUCUGAACGACUUCAAGGCUAGGGGAUGUGGUCCUGGUUUCGCAUACUUCUGGCUUUGGCUGUUGCUUUUCAUCUCGGUUGCUGUCUAUGCGCUCGACUCCUUUACAGCCGUCAACCUGCUCAUCUUGAAUAAGUGGUCGUCCAAGAUUCGACCCGGUAUCCCAUUCCAAUAUUCCAAGUGGAUCUUCUCGGGAUGUAUUCUUCUAUCGUUUAUCAACUUCGCCUAUGAGGCAUGGCGCGCCGUUCGUGUCAUAAAGAGGAACAAUGUUGCCGAAAGUUAUCUCGACCCUCUGGCGGUCAGAUGGGAAUCCAUCCGCAUGGGCUCUGGUCAGGGGUGGAAACGAUUCCUCGUCUUCGCCGAACUGACCAAGGGCCAGAAGGGUGCCGAAUACGCGGCUCUCUUCACAUACUUUAGUUUGCAGUCCUGGAUCCGGGUCCUCAUCUGCUCAGGCCCUCGCCAGGUGAUCAAUGCCUUUACCUUCCGGGACGUGUACGUCAGUAAGCUGGACGUGAGCGACCAAAACGCGGGGAAUGGAUUCCUCAAGUUUUGGGAGAAGAUUGGUGCCCUGGCAAAUGAAGAUUACCAGCAGGCACUUAUGUUGGGAGCCAUGGCCUUCACCUUCGUUGUUUGGGUCUUCACUCUCAUCUUCUUCCUCACUGCAGUUAUCAUUUAUUUCACUUUCCUCUGCCACUGGAUUCCAAGAGCAGACGGCGGCCUUGUCGGAUACUGUGAACGCAAAGUCAACUCACGCUUGAAGAAGGUUGUCACUGCCAAGGUCAACCGAGCUCUUGCCAAGGGUCAGCAGCAGUUGAUGAAGGAGGAAUAUGUAACCGUUCAGAAGGGUGACAAGCCUGUGCUUCAAAGGGUUGCGACCCUUCCAACCUUGCCCAAUGUUGGACCCAUCUCCCCUGAUGCUCUUCCCACGAUGCCAUCGCUCCAGCGCUCCGAUACGGUGACCUAUUCGGAAAGUUCAGAGGGGAUUGAAAUGACGAAUAGCAUCGGACACAAUCGCCCGGUGCCCUCGCGAUCAGGCACUGGUCAGUCUAGAGCCCCCCUCCUUGAUGCAGCUGCUGAGAUGGGUCAAGGUCCACCACUUUCAUCCUUCCAACCACCUACUCGCCGUCCCACGGUUCAGUCAAACUAUAGCGGAUAUAGUGGAUAUGACAAGGGAUUUGCACCACCACCACAGCGAGGAUACAACACAUCAUCCCCAGCGCCGCCCUACCAGGCUUACCAGGCCUAUAACCCUUCCUCAAACUCCAGCUCAGCCCCAUCCGCAUAUGGAGCUGAAUCAGACUUCCACGCCUACAGCAACGAUGGCCGAAACAGCCCAGCGCCCUCGAGCAGGUACAGCGGCUCUGUGGCACCCCAGUACGAACCCGUACAGCCUCAUCCCGCCGCCGUAAGAAGCGCCACUGGGCCGUAUCCUCAGAGGGGCCCCCCUCGUUAUGCUCCUCAGAGGAACAACACUGCGCCGGUGCCUAGUCGGAUAGCAGAAUCGGACUACGAGUCAUCGUACUCCGCUCCGCCAUCUCAAAGUUAUAACUAUAACCAACGCGGCCCGGGGCCCCGGGGUUACGGGUACGAUGCUGAGUCGCAAAAUGACAGGUACUACUAA